AUGGAGUUUCCAUACGUCGUUUGGAUAGGAGUCGGUUACAAAGAAGAAAAAAAACAAGUAUGUGGUGGUGCACUGAUCGCUCCUAACAUCGUCUUAACAGCGGCUCACUGCAUUUAUGAUGUAAAAAACCAGAAAUUUAAAGAAGAACCGUUUUCAGUUGUUUUCCAGUCAAUCGAUAUUUAUGAAAAUGGCUAUUCCAUUCCUGUCAGUAAAAUUUAUUCUCACAAGUUAUUCAAACCAUUAGAAUCAUUGCGUUACGACAUAGCCGUACUGAGGCUAAAACAAAGUGUUCGUGUUGGUGGAGAAUCACCCAAUAAACUAGCAUUACUACCAGAAGAACACGAAAAAUAUUCUGGUAAAUUUCUAACUAUCAUGGGUUUUGGACAUGAUGGGUUUGAUGAAACCAUUGAUAAUGAAACACAUGAGAAAAAACACGCUUUGACGACCAGUGGAAAAUUGAAAUUUGCAACCGUUAAACUCAAUGGUUUGUAUGAUUGUGAUGGUCUGCCAGAUCGACUGUGUGGCUAUGUGAAACAAGGCUCAGAUAAUACACAUAGAACAGCUUGUUUUGGUGAGAGUGGAAGUCCUCUUAUGCGUAAAAACAAAGUUGUUGGAAUUAUGACUUACGUAACCAGUAUAUUGUGCAACACGAAUCAAGAAAUUGGAUUUGCCAGAGUCUCGUACUUUUUAGAUUUCAUUAAAGGAGCCAUAAAUGAUCAACCAACGAGUGACACAUUAAUUAAGUUGACAGACGAUUAUGAACUUAUUGAGAUUUUAGCACAAAAAGCUGAAAUAACAACAAACUCACGAAAACUUAAGGAAGUGUUAAAGAAAUUUAAUGAAAUAUUUUUAAAGUAUAUAUCUGUGGACAAAGAGUGUACAAGAUUGUCAGAGUUAGAUAAUCGCGAUGAAAACGAGGAAAAAAAUUUUGAACAAAAGUGUUCGGAAGCUGAUCAUUUGUUUAAAGAGUAUGAACGUUUGCGUAAAGAAAAAAAUGAGUUGUUAAAUUCAGAACCGUAUUGGUAA